AUGAAUUUCCUCAUCUGGAAUUGUAGAGGCUCUAAUUCCCUUGACUUUAGAAAGCACUUCAAGGAUCUUCUUGAUUUGCAUAAUCCUGCUUUGGUAGUCCUGCUAGAGACCUAUAGGAUGAACCAUCAAACUGUGCCCAAUGAAUUUCGUUUCUCAAAUGUGGCUGCUUGUCCCGGCCUUGGGACAAGCGGGGGGAUUGCUAUUCUAUGGCAAGCAGACCUUUUGAAUGUUACGGAUGUUGCUAUGACUCAUCAAGAAAUAUACUGUAGAAUUCAGGUAAUCCCUUUCCCUAAUAAAUGGUUAUUUUCUGUGGUUUAUGCUUUUAACAAUAAAAACGAUCGUCUGACUCUUUGGGAUAACCUAAAACUUGUAGCUGACAACUUUGUGGGACCUUGGUCAAUAGGUGAUGACUUUAAUGAAGUUUGUAGUUCAAGUGAAAAAUUUGGUGGCUUACCUUUAAGUUUCUCUAGAGCAAAUAGGUUUUCUAAGUGCCUCGACUACAGUCAUAUGGUUGACCUGAGUUACUCUGGUAGUAAAUACACGUGGUCAAACCUGUCUAGGAAUAACAAAGUUAUCCUGGAACGUCUUGAUAGAUGUGUUGCGAACAAUGACUGA